AAUUGAGGAGUUUUCAACAAAACACACAGCUGGUGAGAAGCGUGCAGCAUGAGACGAGACUGCUUUAAGAAACCGUCGACAGUGAAGUACAAACAUUCUCGUGCUGUGGAAGCUGUUUGCACCACUUUCGACAACAACCGAGAACACCAGCAGCGCUUGUGAACGCAGCUUUGCGCGUCGCGGGAAACGAAGAAUCCUGUUGUUUAAAUAGUCCUACAAAUACACUGUCUUUAAAAACCCUACAAUUGAGGUCCCCAGAGUCCCACAGACAACAAACAGGUUACUGCAAUGGAAAAGUUUGUGAAUAGUAUCUCCUGCAAUAACGAUGCCAGAUGUCCACAGAAGAGGAUCAAACUGGAGAGUGAUGAGAGGGUGAAGCAGCAGGAGGACGAUGAGGAAGACGAGUUCUCUCAUCCCGUUCCCUGGCAGAAAAUAGAGUCAGAGGGACUAGACUGUGACUAUGCUCUGCUGCUCUCCAAAGAGGAGGCAGACCACAUUUAUAAAAAGCUGGAGGAGGAGGUGGUGUACUCAACAGGGGAGGAAGCAAAGGUCCAGGUGUUCGGAAAGGUGCACAGCAUACCGAGAAAGCAGGCCACAUAUGGAGAUGCAGGUCUAACCUACACUUAUUCUGGAGUGACACGUUUAGCCUCCCCGUGGACUCCAACCUUGGAAUAUAUUCGGGAUGUUGUCACAAAAACAACUGGACAAACAUUUAACUUUGUUCUUGUCAACAGGUACAAAGAUGGGCAAGAUCACAUGGGUGAGCAUCGGGAUGAUGAGAAGGAGCUGGACCCCCUCUGUCCCAUCGCUUCCGUCUCUCUGGGAGCGGCACGAGACUUUAUCUUCCGGCACAGAGAUGCUCGGGGAAAAAACAGUCGCCGACAGAUCAAACCUGUGAAGCUUGAGCUGGCACAUGGAAGCUUGCUCCUCAUGAACUCACCGACCAACACCUUCUGGUACCACAGCCUCCCUGUCCGCAAGAAGGUCUCCCUGCCUCGUAUCAACCUCACCUUCAGACGCAUCCUACUCGACAGAAAGAAAUGACCAAGCAUGCAUUAUCACCAAGGCCUUUGGGGCCAGUGCCCGAGAAGCCUCUUGACUGUGGGGUUCAGAUUUUGGAUGAAAGGACAAACCUGUUGCCGUCCUUAGGCACAUGGAUAAAUAUCACAAAAUGAAAAUGUGUUUGUUUAUGUAGCAGCUCAAUCUGGGCAACUAAAUGACAGCACAAGGUGAAAUAAGUGAGGUUUAAACUUUUGGCUGUUGCCAAUUAUCUGUAAAUCGUAAACAAAAAUAUUAUUUUGUCAGCUUCAGCCUUUGGCACUAAGGAGCAUUUACCCCUCUAAGUUAAAUAUUAUAUUUAUUGUUGUGAAAAAAUUACGUUUUACCUCUAUAGAGAAAACAUUUUCACUGAAAACCCUGAGUUAAGGCUGC